AUGUUCAAGGCAGGAGAAUUACCAGACAUUGAUCUCGAUAGUCAAGAAGUAUUUGAAACUUCGGAUCAGGAGGAUGAAACUGCAUUAGACAAAAACCAGAAUAAGGUUGUUAGUGGUGAUGGUGGAAUUACGACAACUGAAGAGGAUAUUCCGGAGUACGACUUUGAUUUUGAUGAAACUAGACGACGGUUUUUAAAGAGUUUUAUUACCAACAAUAGGUUUGAUUUCUCGGGCACAAUUGAAAAUAAUGGAUCAGAGAGUGGAUAUAAAGUAGUUGAUGUGGAGGAAACUACUUUGGAGAAACUCACUCGAAUACAACGAGAAUUGGAAGAAUUAAGAUUAGAAGAUCCUUCAUCUAUAGAAGAAGUUGAUAAACUCGAUUCUUUAGCGAAAAACAUGCAACAUAAUGCAGAAAAGACAGAACAGGGAGUUUUUGAAAAAGAACUCUCUUUUGAUGCGCUAAAUUUGAAAUUUAAACCAAACCUUGAUUUUGAUUUUGAUUUUGAGCUGGAGAUGCCAAAAUUGAAUAAUGAUGUGUACAACGAAUCUCGUAUCCAACAACUAACAGAUUUAGAAUCUGCUUUGUGUGCUAUAGAGACCCAAAUUGGUGAUUUUUCUCUGCUGGACAGUUCAAUCCAGUUCAAGUUUAACGACAUGGUGAGGCGAAUGCAAGUUAUGGAACAUCCCGAAGUGAGUUUAAAUCUAGUUUCUGACCACAUUGAGCAGACACUAAAAGAGAUCAAUAAACUAGAGUUAAGUAAGAAGGCAUUUGGAGUUGAAAAAACACCCAUUGCUAAAUCUGAUAAAAUUGAUGAUCUUUUCCAAAUCUUGCCAAACUUGAAAACAUAUGCAUCACAGACCCCAAUUCUUGUGGAUAGAUUGAAGAGCUUAUCAAAACUACACAAUGAAAUGAUAGAGGUAACUGACUUUGCCAAGAAUAUAGAUCAGACACUAGCGGAUACUGUUGAGGAUUUUAAAAAGUGGGAUAGUUCUUUAAAGACUUUGAACGAUAAAAUUGAUUUGGCAUCAACCACUUUUAAAGAAAAUAAAAACAAGCUAGAUUCAAGGAUGGAAGAAAUAGAUGAACAGGUUAAGCGUUUGCAAAAAGAAAAUAAACUGUCUGUUCAUUAG